UCCUACGUCAUGUUCCAAGCGGGGUUGAUUUUGUAGAUUCUGUAUAUUUUUCUAUGCUAAAAUACACGUAAUAUAUCACUAACAUUUUUAUGUUACUAUACUUUUCGUCUUCGGAUACUGUUCUUACCUUUAUAUUCAAGGACAUUUUUGCUCAUAAUCUUCCCCAACGCUUGUUUUUCUUGCCUUGGAAAUAGGGGCGAGGUGUAACUUUAGCUAUUUUGCUCGCUUGAAUCCGUUAGCUAGCCGUAGCUGCUAGCCCGAGCCAUAUAUUUUUAAAACGUGACAAAUGAAGAAAAAAAUUGAGCAAAUCUACAAACCUGUGUGAAAUUGAACGACAUCUAAGCGGGAGUAAGCAGUGGCUCAAGAAAAUUAUCGAACGCCUGUUUGGAACAAGGACAUCAAGCCACCACCACCAGCAUCGCUAGCGAAAAACAAUACGAAUCCUGAAUCCUUUUCAUCCACCACUGGGAAAGGCAAGUGGCAAGAAUCUAAAUAAAGGCCUCGAAAGAUAGCUAGCAAAGGGUGGACUAGCUAGGUGACCAGCGCCUCCCGGUAGACUGAGGAUAGACGCACCCUGGAUCCGUGAGCCCAGACGUCACCGAAGCUGGUACCUCGCUCCAGCCUGAACCAUGUGAGGGGCCUAUCCACCUGCCCAGAGAGGACUCCUCUCCUCCCCCUUCACACAAGACAAGAGUCAGAGAAAACCACGUCUGCCAGAAGGGUCACCAGAAGACCCUGGCCUCCUGAGUGAAGAAGACACUUUUCCCCCCUCCCUCACCCCUCCCUUCCUUCCUCCCUGUGUCCCCCCCCGCCCCUGUUUAACACACUGCACUCGAGCUGUGAGCCACCCCUCACUUGCAGUACUGUCCUCCCUCAUUCAGCCUCGGCCCGUUCCCGAGACAGGGACCAGUCAUGAUGUUCCGAGACCAGGUGGGCAUUCUGACGGACUGGUUCAAGGCGUGGAACGAGUGCGAGCAAACGGUGGCGCUCCUGUCGCUGCUGAAGCGUGUCUCCCGCACGCAGGCACGCUUCCUCCACAUCUGCCUGGAGCACUGGCUGGCCGACUGCACCGAGAUCCAGGUGCUGGAGGCUGAGGCCAACAAUGCAGCCAUCGUGAGCCAGUGGCACCAGGAGCCCAAGGAGAAGGCGGUGUCGCUGCUGCUGUCGCACCUGCCGCUGCUGCAGCCGCGCAACAGCGAGGCCAAGUGCGAGUACAUGCGUCUGCUGCAGAAGGUGCUGAGCCACACCAUCGAGAGCAGCCUGUUUGUGGAGGAGAGCCGGCAGCUGCUGUCCUACGCCCUCAUCCACCCGGCCACCACGCUGGACGACCGCACCUCCCUGGCCAUGUGGCUCAACCACCUGGAGGAGCACCUCUCGGCCCGGCCGCCCCCGCCCCCGCCACAGCAGCCGCAGUCCCACUACAGCCACCUGCGCCAGGGCUCGGACGAGUGGGCGUGCCCCCCGGAGGUGCAGGACGCGGCCCACAUCUGGCAUGACCAACACGGGCAGCAGCAGCUGGGCCUGGGCGGCUCGUCUUCGUCUUGCAGCUCGCCGCCGGGCCAGAACGGACACCUGCCCUUCCAUAGUCCUGGAGGAGGGCUGCCCUCGCCCAUCAAUAGCGCAGGUAUGGUGUCGCAACUGCAGCCCAGCCCCCUGAAGCGCUCCAUGUCCCUGAUCCCCUCCAGUGGUCCCGGGUGCGGCUCCGACUGGCUGAGCCCCUCGGACGAGCAGCAGCCGGGCCAGCUGGGCGGCCGGGGAGGAGGCCCCGGGGGCCCUGAACAUGCGCCCCUCUCUCCCCAGAGCAGCGUGGCAUCCUCCGGCAGCGAGCAGACCGAGGAGCAGGGCUCCGCACGCAACACCUUCCAGGAGGAUGGCAGCGGCAUGAAAGAUGUGCCCACGUGGCUGAAGAGUCUGCGUCUGCACAAGUACGCCUCCCUCUUCUCCCAGAUGAGCUAUGAGGAGAUGAUGACCCUCUCCGAGCACCAUCUGGAGUCUCAGGUGGGGCAGAACGUGACCAAAGGAGCAAGGCACAAGAUUGCCCUGAGCAUCCAAAAGCUACGCGAGAGGCAAAGUCUCCUGAAGUCUUUAGAAAAGGACAUUCUGGAGGGUGGGAACGUGCGUAACGCGCUGCAGGAGCUGCAGCAGAUCAUCAUCACGCCCAUCAAGGCCUACGGUCCCAUGUGCAGCACGCCACGGGAAUCCGACCACGGCGCCUCGACAACCAAAGGCAGCGCGGAGGAGAAAGGGGAGGGGUCGAGCGAGGGCGUCGGCGGCUUCCAGUCCAACAGCUCGCCCGCCUGUGACAGCGAGUCGUCCUCGGCACCUAUCGGAGACGGAGACAUCGCAGGCCAGUUCACCCGCGUCAUGGGCAAAGUGUGCACACAGCUCUUAGUGUCCAGACCAGACGAGGAGAACAUCAGCUGUUACCUUCAACUCAUCGAGAAGUGCUUGACGCACGAGGCGUUUACGGAGACGCAGAAGAAGAGGCUGGCCUCCUGGAAGCAGCAGGUGCUGAAGCUACUGCGCCUUUUCCCCAGGAAAGCCAUGAUGGACAUGCCCAUGUACCGCCAGAAAGGCUGGGCUUACGGCUCCAACUCGCUCCCCACAGCUGGCUCUGUGGGCGCGUUAGGCCGGCGGGGCCAGCGGCAGUUCCAGAUGCCCCCCAGGGGGAUGCCGCCGGGCCGCAUGGGCAUCCUGAGCCCGGGGGGCAUGGGGGGCGCCUCGCCAAGACACACCCUCACCAGCCCCGCGCUGCCCGGCCAGGGACGACAGAAUCUGUGGUUUGCCAACCCGGGAGGCAGCAACAGCAUGCCCAGCCAGAGCCGCAGCUCUGUCCAGAGGACCCACUCGCUGCCCGUACACACCUCCCCUCAGACCAUGCUCCUCUUCCAGCAGCAAGAAUGCCAAGUGCCAGGCACAGACCUGGAGAUCAACCCCACACUGGAGUCUCUCUGCCUCAGUAUGACGGAGCACGCCUUAGGGGAUGGAAUGGACAGAACAUCGACAAUAUGAAAACCCUAAAUGCAAGUGAAAAGAAAACCAAGAGAAAAACAAAAACACACACACACACACACACACACAAACGGCAACAGUUACAUUUUGUACCUGAAUCAUGAGUGGUCCAGCACAUAUGUAUAUGCUUAUGUCAAAACGAAAACAAAAGAAAAAAAAAGAUGGAAAAAAAGAGAUGCAAGGAAAAAGAAAAGGAAAGAAAACAAGUCACUACAGAAAAAAAAUGACAAACUAACUGUGUAUAUGUUAUCUGAUAUUUUUCUACUUUAUUAUACUUAACUAAGUUUAUUAUAAGUGGAAUACAAAUGAUUAUUAUAUUACAAGAGAGUGUGAGCUAGAGGGCAGGGGGUCAGGGUUGGGCGGGGUGUAGUGGGGCGGGUUGGUAGUUAAUGAUUGCAACAGCUCAGUUUAUUUUGCUGGACCGUGACCUUGAGACGGAACAGGUCAAGGUGUGCCCACCUGCCCCCUCGGAUUUCCCUUUUGGUUCUGCAAUUGAUUGGUGCUGUCUUUAAAAGGGGUAGGGGGGGAUCUUGUGGUCUUGUUUUUUUUUUGUUUUUUUUUUACUGCUCUUGUCCUUGGGCAGGAUGGGAGGCUUAGUAACACUGCCCCCUUAUGCAUCCCCCACACCAAACUCCUUGGAUACCCUCCCACCCCACACACACAAACACUACCAUCAUGCAUGACUCACAGAAACGCACAGAAGUACAGACAAACCAAAUCAUAGACACGCACACACGCGCACACACACACACAGUGUGCAGACCUCUGGUCUAUUUUCCAAGCUCUUAGUCUAGAUCACUCUCCUCGAUCCCUCCACAAACUCCAAACGCAACACACAGACCCAUCCCCUCAAUGUGAUCACCCCAAGCCAACCCUCCACCCCCUCCCAAUAAUGAUAACAGUACCAUUCAGAGCCCAUUAAUACUGACAUAUACAUCUAUACACAUGCACUUCAAAAAAUAGCUGUGUGGACAGUGCUGUGUCUUCAGCUCUGAAGCCUGCCUGCCUGCCUACCUGAAUGGCUGGCUGGCUGCUUCCCUCUGUAGCCCGCCACGGUAGAGUUGUCUUGCAAAAACGCGCAAACUAAAAGUGAUGAGGAAUCUUUCACAAGAGCCAAGGGGUUCUGUGCGGCCCUCUCGGGCUGGCCCCCUGAGGUCUUGGCCAAAGCUGGCUGCUGGCUCUCACUCGCCCCCCACCCCCCUCCCUUGUCAACCCUCCUCUGGGGGUCCUGGGGGAGGUUUUUUUUUAGGGGGGUGACUGGAACUUUGUACACUAGUGGGAGUUGCACUGGCCUUUUUUUUCUCGUGAAACCCCCCUACCUAUCCCAUUCUUCUUCCUCAUCUUCCUCUUCCUCCUGCCCCGAACCAGAUGAGGCCAAGAGGGGGUGUGGAUGACUUUGCAUGGGAGGCUUUUGUCUUUUUUUCCCUGGUUUAUUUGUUCAUGGGGCAGGGUGACUGUUUUUUCUGUUUUCUGUUUUUUGUUUUUUCCCCCCCGUUAUUUCUUUUUCAGAGCUGGACUCAUGUCGUGUUGAUGUUUUGGAAUGAGAUAUCAAAGCAUGUUGACAUCUUUUUUUAUUUUUUAUUAUUUUCUUUCAUUUCUUCAAACCUCAUACCUACCCAUUUAGGACGAUGUAAAAAAAAAAAACAAGUGAAGAGACAAGUGCACUCUAGUAAAACGCAAAACUAGUUUCAAGUGCGAUACUCCCAGCCCCAUGUCUGUCUGUCUGUCUGUCCGUCCUCUUUUUCCUAUCUCCUUUCUUUUCCUCCUCCUCCUCCUCCUCCUCCUCCUUCUCCUCCUCCUCCUCCUCCUCUGUCCUCUGUCCCCUGUCCCAGUCGCCAGAGAAGCCAGUUUUUGGGAGAUUUAAUGAAUCACGUCAUAUGAAGGUGGUCCUAUAAUAUGCUUGCAUUGUCAUCUCUUCACACUCAACAUUAUUCAGGUGCAGUCUCAAGCAAGCCAUUUCACUGGAACAUGCAAAAGAGUGGAGGUGCUUGUAUAGUACUUAUUUGGUCUUAAUUAUUAUUAUUAUUAUAUAUUAUUAUUAUUAUUUGUUUUUCUUUUUUUCUUUUGGAUCCCUCCUUCAUUCCUCUUUUGGCAGGGAAGACAGAAAGAAAGACAGGGUUUCCAUAUUUCCUCAGAGGGCCUUGGCUGAUCUGUUUAUCCAGUAAAACUUUGUUAUUUACCAAAUACACUUCAUCUGCGCUCAUUUGUUCAUUUUUCAUUGUGUUUGUGUGCGUGUGUGUGAGGGAGAGGGGGAGAGAGAGUGUGUAUGGGUCACUUUUUGGUUUGUCAUCUUGUGGGAAAAUACCAGGGCUGUACAUGUUCUGGUCAAACCAUUCCUCUUGGAUUUCAACAGGUCAGUUGCCUUUCAUCCAGUGCUUGCAUACAUCUCUCGAAAAUGGCCAAACUAUUAUUUGGUUUGAUGGAAAGCUAACAAGCUAGCAAGCUAGCAAUUUUAUUGCAAGUAGGUCAAGUGUAAGUCUGACCAGAAUAUGAUUAUUACUGAAUCCUUACCAUCACAACAUGUCCUUUCUCUGCUUUAUUAUGUCAACUUUUAAUAUAAGGUGCCCCUUCUUUAAAUUCAAGCCUGCCUGCUGUCUGGAUGUUCAGGUACAGGUUGCCCUUUCAUUCAUUCACCAGCCAAAGUAUUCACUUUCACAUUACACAACGUAAUCUUGAAAAAUCCUUUUUGGUUUUCAAGUACAUAGUAGUGUGAGAUUGGUGUAGUGAAGUGUGGAAGAAGAUUAUGCUUCUAGAAGGAGUCUAGAGGGCUUGAUACAGUCUAGCCAAGGGCAAGUAGGUCUGUCCAGAAAUGCCAACAGUGAUCCACCACUUCCCAGGCCAUUCAUUGUAAUAUAAAUAUGGGUCUGAGAAGUGCUGUUGUGCAUAAGGGAGAUUCGGUUGUUGCCACAAUAUCAUUUUACUACUAGCGGCCACAGUCCUCAGCAGCAGCACCCACUUUCAGCCUAUGUGGCAUCGCAAAUUUGCCUCAUUUUCAUGUAGACCGCGCAUACUGUGAAAUCCACCAUUGCCAUCACCUGAAGCAGUUGUCUUUUCCUCUCAUUUCUGCUUAACAAACAAAACAUUAAACAUGGGCAAGAGUGCGUCAAUUUGGGACAAUAUGGGGACGGCUGGUGGGGAAAAUAACUCAUCGACCUUGUGCAUGAAUGCUGUUGCCACUUGUUUUUAAAUCAUCAGCUUAAAAUUCACUCAGGGACACUGGGUCACUUUCACCUCACAUGCAACCCACCUCUUUUCCAAACGUAAUAUCGCCCCUCUACACACACAGAGAGACCAAAAGGUGCUCCGACAAUUAUCCCCCCUACCCACGUAAAUGACACAUUGAAACUUCUAGAAGAUGAAGCACCAACACCUCACCCGAACCCAAUUCGACUGUCAGAAAUGUGCAUUUUACAUAAUGGCAAAAAAUCGCAUCAUGAUGUGGACCAAGUUGUGGGAGAGAAAAUCUUGACAAAUGUAGUACUGUACUGUUUGCAUGUGUUUACACGAGUGCUUGGUGUAUGAUUGUUACUCUCUUAAAAAGCCUAAUUUCAUUCACUAAUUGUUUACCUUGUUAAAUUAAGACAUUUGGCUGCUUAGAAGUGUUGCAGAGUGAUGAGUUCCUUGAGGAGAGAAAGUCUUUCAAAAGGUCACAGAUCUUCAUAUAGAGGACAUUUCUAUUCUCUUGUUAAAUAUUGUAAACGUUUGCAGCUGUGAACUUGAACAUUUUCUUAAGUAAGCAGAAGGAAGAGCGGGCCUCACAUGCCAUGGGGGUGUAGAGCACCUACUGAACGGCUUUUGUGCAAAACCUGAUUUGAUUAACUGUGUGCUGUAAACUUGAGAAGAGCUUAUUGGCUUUUUUUUUUUAAAGGUUAUUGUCCAAACAUUUUUUACAACUAUCUCCAAGCUACUGUAACUACAUAAUGUUCCUUAAUUCGCCUUAUUUCAAAAUUAAUUUCCGUAUUCCCAUUUUCUUUUGCCAACAUGUCAUUCAUUUUUUCAGGUUUGUGGGAUGUUCAACCAUGAUUGCAGGCAUUAUGUACACUUUUAACAGAAUGCUGCCAUCCAA